AUGGUGAUGACAAAGUGGUAUGUGACUGAGCAGCUGGGUGCAGACACGGCGUUCUUGAUCAGUGAUCUCAAAGAAGAGGUGCACAUGGAAGUGCCGAAUGGCAUAGCUAAUGCUGAGCAGAUGAUGUGCAAGUUGGAUAAGGCAAAUUGCGGUCUCAAGCAGACUGCAAGUGCGUGGAACAAGACAAUCCAUGCUGCAUUCUUAAAAUAG